AUGAAGCUCCUGUUUCUGACCAUCGCGCUCGGCCUGGUCCCCGCCCUGCGGGCCCAGGGCCCCCUUUUCUUCCCCGUGGAGACCCCAGAUCCCUGCCCUGCUCAGAUCACAGGGACGUUGUAUGUGAAAGCCAUUGUGACAGACAAGGACCUGCCUAAGGAGUGGAGGCCCAGGAAGGUGUCCCCCAUGACAGUGACUGCCCUGGACGGUGGGGACCUGGAGAUCACGUUCACCUUCAUGAAGAAAGGUCAGUGCCAUGAGAAGGGGACUGUGAUACAGCCAACGGAGGAGCCUGGCAAAUACAGUGCCUAUGGGGGCAAGCGUCACGUGUACAUCCUGGAGCUGCCAGUGAAGGACCACUACGUCUUUUACUGCGAGGGCCACGUCCUCGGGAAACAGCUCCACGUGGGAAAGCUCAUGGGUAGGAAUCCCGAGGUGAACCCGGAGGCCCUGGAAGCUUUUGAGAGAUUUGUGCAGCGCAGGGGGUUGUCGGAGGAUGACAUCUCCAUACCUGCGCAGACGGGGCGGGGCACCAAGGCUCCACGCAGCCCCAGGUUGGCACCACCAGGACCCACCAUCCUGCAGGACAUGGAAGGAGCCCCAGCCCCUGGGGCCUGGUCGCCCCCUCUUGUCCCCCCCAGCGCCCCCCCUCCUGGUUCCACAUAA